UUUGCACUUUACUUGUUUACAUAUAAUAUUGUGUUAUUGGAAGUGGUGGCUAAGAAAUAUUUUUAAUAUGUAUAUAUUAUAAUAAAUAUGUACUUUCAUUAAACAAUGAUACGGCGAACACGGGAUACCAUAAAAGAAAAUUCAGAAAUUGGACUGCAAAGCAUUUAGACUAUGUUUUUUUGCAUAAUUUUAUCAUCAAUAUUAGUAAUUGCGAAUGCGUUGCCACCCGUAAUUCGUGUUGGUGCUAUUUUUACCGAAGAUGAACGUGAAAGCAGUAUAGAAUCGGCAUUCAAAUACGCCAUAUAUCGAAUUAACAAGGAGAAAGCCUUGCUUCCCAAAACACAACUUGUUUAUGAUAUUGAGUAUGUGCCACGCGAUGAUUCCUUUAGAACGACUAAGAAAGUCUGCCGACAAUUGGAGGCUGGAGUUCAAGCCAUAUUUGGUCCAACAGAUCCCCUACUUGCCGGUCACGUGCAGUCUAUAUGCGAGGCUUAUGAUAUACCCCAUGUCGAAGUUCGAAUUGAUCUCGAAUAUAGUUCCAAAGAGUUUUCUGUCAAUUUAUAUCCUGCACAUAGUCUUCUAACUCUCGCUUAUAGGGAUGUAAUGGUCUAUCUAAACUGGACGAAAGUGGCUAUUAUAUAUGAAGAAGAUUAUGGGCUUUUCAAUUUGAUGCACUCAACUAUUGAAACGAAAGCAGAGUUGUAUAUAAGGCAAGCCAGUCCGGAAUCAUAUCGUCAAGUCCUACGAGGAAUCCGACAAAAGGAGAUUUACAAAAUAAUCGUGGAUACAAAUCCGACUCAUAUAAAAACUUUUUUUCGAUCGAUAUUGCAACUUCAAAUGAAUGACCACCGAUACCACUAUAUGUUUACAACCUUUGAUUUGGAGACGUAUGAUUUGGAGGAUUUUCGGUACAACAGCGUUAAUAUAACUGCAUUUCGUUUGGUCGAUGUAAAUAGCAAGCGUUAUCUUGAAGUCAUUGAUCAAAUGCAAAAAAUUCAACAUAAUGGCUUGGAAAAUAUUAAUGGAAAACCAUAUAUAAAGACAGAUUCUGCUUUGAUGUUUGAUGCCGUGUACGCUUUUGCGUCGGGCUUACAUUUCUUAAAUUUGGAUGAUCACCGUUCCAAUUUUGGCAUACAAAAUCUAUCCUGCACUUCCGAUCAUACAUGGGAUGAUGGAGUUUCAUUAUAUAAUCAUAUUAAUAGUGGUAUAACAGACGGCUUGACUGGUGAUGUUAAUUUUUUGGAAGGUCGUCGGAGUAAAUUUAAACUUGACAUCUUAAAAUUGAAACAAGAAAGAAUCCAAAAGGUUGGAUAUUGGCAACCCGAUACUGGUGUAAACAUUUCCGAUCCAACUGCUUUUUAUGAUUCGAAUAUUGCGAAUAUUACCUUAGUGGUUAUGACGAGAGAGGAACGCCCAUAUGUAAUGGUUAAAGAGGAUACAAAUUUAACGGGAAAUAUACGCUUUGAGGGAUUUUGUAUUGAUCUCUUAAAAGCGAUCGCUCAACAAGUUGGAUUUCAAUACAAAAUCGAAUUGGUCCCCGAUAAUAUGUAUGGGGUUUACAUCCCAGAGACGAAUUCCUGGAAUGGCAUUGUCCAAGAGUUAAUGGAAAGGCGUGCAGACCUUGCUGUGGCAUCAAUGACCAUCAACUAUGCCCGGGAGAGUGUUAUUGAUUUUACAAAACCAUUUAUGAACUUGGGCAUUGGCAUUUUGUUCAAGGUGCCGACAAGUCAGCCCACACGACUGUUCUCCUUUAUGAACCCAUUGGCAAUCGAGAUAUGGCUUUAUGUGCUAGCUGCUUAUAUAUUAGUAUCCUUCGCUCUCUUUGUGAUGGCACGUUUUUCGCCUUACGAAUGGAAAAAUCCUCAUCCCUGCUUCAAGGAAACGGAUAUAGUGGAGAAUCAGUUUUCCAUAUCGAACAGUUUCUGGUUUAUAACAGGAACGUUUCUACGGCAAGGAUCGGGCCUUAAUCCAAAGAUUUCAGAUCGAGCGCAGACCAAGUUUUUCUCAUUCAUGAAUCCACUUGCGAUUGACAUAUGGUUUUAUAUAGCAUUUGGAUACAUAUUUGUAUCGAUCUGCAUUUGGAUCGUAGCUCGACUUUCACCCAUUGAAUGGGUUAAUGCCAAACCCCCAUGUUCCAGGGCUUGUGAUCAUAUUCUGCGUGAAAUUCAAAAAGAAAACAAUUGCUUCGAUGAUGAACAGUUGGAAAUGGCGGAGAGAACAAGAAAAAUGUCCGAAAAUUCGGAGUUAUGUUUAAAUUCAGAUAACAAAUUUCAUGAUCACCAAGAAGCGAAGGUCGAUGAAUAUGAUGCUUCGGAUGAUGAUAAUACUGUGGACUUAAUUCGAAUACAAAACAAUUUUACAUUAAAAAAUAGUUUUUGGUUUGCAAUUGGCGCUCUUAUGCAACAAGGUUCUGACCUAUAUCCUAGGGCAACUUCAACGCGAAUUGUUGGUGGCUGUUGGUUCUUUUUUUGUUUAAUAAUUAUAUCCUCAUACACUGCCAAUUUGGCUGCUUUUUUAACCGUCGAGCGGAUGAUAUCACCCAUAGAAAGCGCUUCUGAUCUGGCAGAACAAACGGAAAUAUCUUAUGGAACUUUGGAGGGUGGAUCAACAAUGACAUUUUUUAGGGACUCCAAAAUCGGUAUUUACCAAAAGAUGUGGCGUUAUAUGGAAAAUCGAAAGGCAGCUGUAUUUGUUAAAACCUACGAAGACGGCAUAACACGUGUGAUGGAGGGCAGCUAUGCCUUUCUAAUGGAAUCAACGAUGCUAGACUACGCUGUACAACGGGAUUGCAAUCUUACGCAAAUCGGGGGUUUGCUGGAUUCAAAGGGUUAUGGUAUUGCCACACCAAAAGGCUCCCCUUGGCGAGAUAAAAUCUCUCUGGCCAUUUUGGAGUUACAGGAAAAGGGUAUAAUUCAGAUAUUAUACGAUAAAUGGUGGAAAAAUACUGGCGAUGUUUGCAACCGAGAUGACAAGAGCAAGGAGUCGAAAGCAAACGCACUUGGUGUCGAAAAUAUUGGCGGCGUGUUCGUAGUUCUUCUUUGUGGCCUUGCCUUGGCAGUUGUUGUGGCCAUUUUUGAGUUCUGUUGGAAUUCAAGGAAAAAUCUGAAUACGGAAAAUCAAUCGUUGUGCUCGGAAAUGGCGCAAGAGCUCAGAUUCGCAAUACACUGCCAUGGAUCAAAGUCGAAGCAUAGGCCGAAGAAAAGGAAUUGUUUGAAAUGCUCUGCCGGAACCACCUAUGUUCCGAGUAAUUUGAGCAGUACGCCGAAUGCCGGGGGCGUCCACUACAAUUACUUUAAUUAAUUAACGGGAGACAAAAGUAUAUAAAUAUUUUUUUU